AUGGUCCGGAAGAAGAGGAAAUAUGUGCCGAAGGUGAAGGGUUGCUAUGAGUGCUCCCAACGCCGCAUCGACUGUGAUGGGACGAAACCGAGUUGCGCGAAAUGUUCCACGCGCGGCAUUCCAUGUAGUGGCUUUGGUCCGACGUACAAGUUUCUCGAUGGAUUCUCGUCGAGGCGCAAGUCAUCAUCUUCGGUGAACAGGAGCGCUCUCUUGAAAGACGCCCUCGCUCAAUCGUCAUCAGAUGCAUCCUUCCGAGCACGGCUGAACAAGACUCAGAGAGAUGCUGAGAGUGAAAACAUACCCUACGACGAUUGGGACAGACUUUACUGGGAAACCUCGCUUCUGGACUUCGAUGAUGCGGUCCAGCAAGCAGCUUUGGUCGAUGCCUGCUGGCAAAUGAGUCCCUGCAUCAAUGUCAACAACAGUGCCUGCGACGUUGUCGAGAACGAAGAAGUUCAGAAUCAGGGCGAGACGCCUGAAGUUCCUAUACUUCCUGAAAACUCCGGAGAACUCGAGGAGGUCGAUGAGACAGUGUUCUCUCCCUCGACUACAGAAGCCUUGGAUUACAAGGCUAUCCUGAGAUCGGCGACGCCAAUGGACUUGAGCUUGCUCGAGCCGUGGAAAGAAUUUCUGCUGACACAUUUUUCCGACGCCAUUGCACCGCAGAUGGUGGUCGUCGAUGAUUGUUUCAACGGAUGGAGACAUAUGAUCUUGCCUCUCGCCUGGUCUAACGAGAUGGUCAUGGAUGCUGUGAUGGCGGUAUCAGCAUUUCAUAUUUCAGGAAUAAUCUCGGUUCAGUCGUUCGCCAACCCGGAUCGACUGUAUUCUCGUGCUAUCAAACAGCUGCUCAGUCGGAAAGAGCUGGCGGAUUGGGAUGGAGAAACAAGGCAGAUGGUCAUCCUUGCUAUUGUGGUUCUUCUUGUCUCUGUCAUGGUCAAUGGGUUGCCGGACUUUCCUAUUGUGUUUCAAAUGUUGGAAUCAGCCAUUGAAGCCGUGGGAGGGGAGGACAUUCUCGCCGACGGGAGUGAGAUGGGCGGUUUCCUGCUUAGGCAGAUUCGCAAGUAA